AUGCAGCAGGAUCGCAAGGCCAGCUCCUCUGAACAGGAGGUCCACAUCGGUCCUUAUAGGAUCCUCAAGACCCUCGGCACAGGCAACUUUGCUCAGGUGAAACUGGCUGUCCACCUCCACACAGAGGUGCAAGUUGCUCUGAAGACCCUGGAAAAGGAUAAAAAGAAUGCUACUCUGAUUUCAAAUGAGCUAGAGAUCAUGAAAUUAGUAGACCACCCUAAUAUAACCAAAUUGUUCCAUGUUAUGGAAACUACUGAACACAUCUGCAUGGUUAUGGAAUAUGCUUCUGGUGGUGACCUGGCUGGUCGCAUCAUAGAGGUGAGCUACAUUCAUGAAGAGGAAGCCCGACACAUCUUCACACAGAUAGUUUGUGCAGUUAACUACUGCCAUAAGAAUGGCGUUGCGCACAGGGACAUCAAACCAGAAAACAUUCUGAUGGAUGCAAAUAGGAACAUCAAACUGUGUGACUUUGGCCUGGCCAUCAAGGUUAACACUGAGCAGAAGUCGACAGUGUUCUGUGGCACCCUUCCAUACUGUGCUCCGGAACUUUUCAGCAUCCAAAGCUAUGAUCCUAGGGCACUUGAUAUCUGGAGCAUGGGGGUGGUACUGUACAUUAUGGUGACAAAACACUACCCAUUCAAAGCAACAACGUACGACAAGAUGAAGGAGGAGAUGCAGGAUCCACAUUACUACAUUCCGCCCAAGCUCCCAGCACAUGUCGCCAGCCUCAUUGUGCAGUUGUUCACUAUUGAUCCUAUGCAGAGGCCCAAGAUAGGUGACAUUAUGGAACAUCAGUGGCUGCAGGGCAGUGAGGAGCUUUCAAAAAUAAAACGACCCCAAGAAACACUCAGCAGCAAGCCCAACCCCAGUAUUAUGGCAGCUAUGGGGGCCAUGGGCUACAACCCCAAGGACAUUACAGACUCUUUAUAUAAAAAAAAAUUUAAUAGCAUCAUGGCAACUUACUUAAUCUUAAAACAUCAGUCACCCUGUGGGGACGACACUAACCAUAAGGUUAAACUCAUGCAGCCCAGUAUUGGCAAGAUAGCCACAGAUCCUCCCACUGUCCAUCUCUUCCUAAAGAAGAUAGGGAGUGAUCCUGACAAUUCCACCUCUGCCUCGCCAGCAAAAGACCAGUCCCACAAGGAUGACAAGCUUGUAAGGAAGGACAGCAAGAAUCACAGCAAGACUGGUGCUCUGUGCCGCCAGCAGGUGAGCCCGCCUCCCCAGACAGAUGCCCAGUGUGAUCCUGUGCAGCACCACCCGGAGCUUCUCUUGAACAGCAGCUUGCAGAAGAGAGGCACAGCUUCAAGUGCUGUGUCCUGUGGUCCUAUGCAGCAUGAUGAACAGCUCACGAACAGAGGCUUGCAGAAGAGAAACAUGGCGUCUAGUGCUGUGUCCUAUAUUCCUGUUCAGCACGGCCAUGAGCAGGUCUUGAGCAGCGGCUUGCAGAAGAGAGGCGUGGUUUCUAAGGCCUAUGACGAUGAGCGGCCCCUGGGAAGCAGCUUGCAGAAGACAAGCGUGGUUUCCAGGGCUGUGUCUCCUGGUCCUGUGCAGCUCUUGAACAGCAGCAGCUUGCAGAAGAUAGGCGUGGUUUCCAAGGGUAUGUCCUGCGAUUCCAUGCAGCAUGAGGAUGAACAGCUCCUAAGCAGCUCCAUGCAGAAGAGAAACACAGUGGCUUCCAGGAGUGUGUCCUCAGGCACAGAAUCCUCCAUGGGUAUUUUUUCUGAGUACCACAUCUCCCAGGUGGAUCCCCAGGUGUGCAACCACAGCCUCUCCUCGGAACCUGUCGGGUGGAUGGAAGCGGGCGAAGAGAAGGACAGUGAAGUGUUUAAGGAGAUUGUGCUGCUGUCUGCCAGCCCAAAGGAGAAGCUGCACUUCCCGGAGGAGAGUGCUUCCGCAGGAAGCAGGAGAAAGCAGAGUCACACAAAGCCAGGUGUUGGGGGACAGUGGAGUCACACAAAACCAGUUGUCCUCAAGUGUGAUGAGGACUAUACUACUAAGUGA